ACUAGCGUGCUUCACAGUAUUUAAUUCAUCAUUUAGCAAGCUAACACGUUAACUAGCUAGCUAUGGCUAACAUAAUCACGCCGCUUGUUUAAUUUAGCUAAGCGGGAGUCGACGCUAUCCAAGUCUAGACCUUUCAUGAUUCUCUUUGGUAUACAAUUCAUUUAAACACGUUUGUAUUUCUUGAAUAACUAGCUAACGUUAGCUUAGUAGCCCUCGGUCGAGACUCAAUCCCAUUACACAGAAGAGUCGUUGAACUCAUUCGUCUUCGGUACUCAAUAGUGUGCAAUUGUAGCCAAUCGGCAGGCACGCCCCCCCCUCUCCGAGCCUAUCGUUCAAACAAAGGUUAAAACGGUCCCAUAUGGCUACACCCUUACCUCAAAAGGGGCCUGGUCUGGCUGGUAUGCUCUCCCAACAGCAGCAGUCCCACCUGCCCCCAGGCUUAGGCCCCGGCCAGCCUGCCAUGCUCCCUCAGGGAGCCCUGAGAGAAAUCUCCCCUGUGUUCCUCUGUCGAAUCGGCCAGGAGACCGUCCAGGACAUCGUCACACGCACCAUGGAGAUCUUCCAGAUCACACGAGCCACACAGUUGCCUAACGGGGUGACCCAGAGCCAGGCUGUGUAUCAGGACCGCUUCGGGAAACUCCAGGAGCACCUCCGUCAGCUGGCCCUGCUUUUUCGCAAGCUCCGCCUUCUCUACGAGCGCUGUGUUGAGAUGACCUCUGACCUGCAGGAAGAACCCUCAGAGCUGGUGCCAUAUGUAAGGGAGGAGAUGGCCCCUGUGAGAGUGGAGCCCUGCAGUCCGGCUGUAAGCCAGGAGAGACUAGAAGUACUGGAGAAGAUGAGGCAGAAAAACCAGGAGAUGAAGAUUCUGAUGGACCAGAUGAGGAACCUGUUAUGGGACGUCAACGCAAUGCUGACACUCAGGAAAUGAUAUCACAGAUGAACUCUCCCUCACUGCACUUCACGAUGCCCUCCAACUAGGGGCCAUGGGUUUUUCCUGACCCAGGAAACUCUUGGCCCUAGUACCUCCAACCAUUGUUGUGUGAGACAAGACUGCUAGAAGCUUUUGGUGAUCAACCUUUACAGUAUGGUGCUUUCAGAGACAUGGAAUGAACUGAGUUUACUACAAAUGUUUUGUACUGUCAGUAUCUUUAUUUUAUUUUUUACUCCGAUAUUAUGAGUUCAGACUUGCCAAGCCUCAGGUGAAUUUCCUGCCUUUUGUUUGAGUGGUAAGCACUGACUCAGGACCAGCUAAAUAAACUUGAAUUCAGUGUUGUGAAUUUUACUCGGUGCACAAAAGGCUGAUCUAGUAUCAGCAAAAAAAUCUGCCCUUAUUCUAGUCCCAACUAGUGACUGUCACCUGUAAGCUGAGUUGAAGACAAUGGGAUCUCAUCGCCACUGGCAGCUAUUUAUCUCAGGUGUUUGUGUGUUUUAGCAUUAUUCUUGAGGUUAGCUUCCUGAGGGUUGGGCAACACCCCCCUGCUUACCUUAAGGGUUAAGAACCUUGCAUGCCGACUGCUGAGGAAGUGUGAAUCUAUUUUUGUACACUGCAUGAUCUCGGAGAAAGCACAAGCAAUAGGUUACUGAGUCUUUCUACAAAAUAAAUACAUUGUGAGAAAUGUC